UUGCAUCACUCGGAGAAAGAAAAUGCGUCUUUCCACAGUGUCACUUCUUGGCUUUGCCGUGGGACAAGCCCUGGCUAUCUGCCCCUAUGCGUCAACGUCGACCAAGAAAGGAGGUUGCCCGUAUGCGGAGAGAGAAACCUCUCACGUGGCUUCGGGAGCCUCCUUUCAUCGCGGCCCGGCUACUGGGGGAAAGUUGGGUGUCAUGUUCAUGAACAGGAUCGCUCCUUCAAGUUCGGUCUUGUAUCUAGCUGACGCAAACGGCAGCAACGAACGCCAGCUGCUAUCCGAUAGUGACGCUGCGUUUGAGUACCAUGCGUCUUUCUCUCCCGACGGUGAAUGGAUCACCUUCACUAGUGAGCGCGGUGGAGAUGGUCAGUCGGAUAUAUAUCGCGUUCGGAAGGACGGCUCUGGGUUAGAGGAACUGGUUGCAACACCCUCCUUUGAGGAUGCCGGUGUGCUUUCUCCAGACGGCCGCCUGCUGGCCUAUGUGUCUACACGGGGAAACUUUACAACAAAUAUAUGGCUGAAGAAUAUCGAGACUGGGGAAGCCUUCAACCUGACGAAUACAGCUUCUACCGCUGCAGAUACCACUAGUCCAACUGGCCAUUUCCGUCCCAGCUGGUCACCAAAUGGAGAAUGGAUCGCCUUUUCCUCCGAUCGCAAUACAGGCUGGACAGGACAUAGCAACGGAACUGGCUGGGAGCAUACACAAACCCUUUCAAUCUAUCUUAUAAGGCCCGACGGGACAGACUUCAAGCAGCUUGUUACCAAGGAAAACUACUCUCUCGGUUCGCCAAAAUGGUCUCCAGAUUGCUCGCGCAUCCUCUUUUAUGAAAUAACGAGAGAAGACACAUACAAUUCUCACACCCAGUCGGUAGGCGAUACUACCUCGCAGAUUGCAUCUGUCGACGUCGCCACUGGAACUGAUUAUAUCUACCACACCUCGGGCUCUGGAUGCAAAGUUUCUGCACAAUGGGUUACAGCGGAUGUUGUUGGCUUCGGCGCCAAAGGUGGCACAAAUGAAGGGCUUAAAUAUACCUCUACCAACGAAAACUACACUGCCGUGCUGGGUGCAAUGCGCAAUCCCUCCUGGUCACCAGACGGCUCAACAGUAGUCUACGAGAAGCAGCUCGAAGCGCCCAAUCGUCCCAUGGAGAAGCCACUAUACAGCUGGGAUGGCGACUGGGAAUACCGCUUCACUGAUGUGUUUCCAACCCUAUCAAACCAGGGCAUCUUAGCUAUUACGCAAAAGCAGCUUGGCAAUUCGUCUGUUGUGACUAUGAAUCCUGACGGAACAGACUUAAAGCUUGUCUUCUCGACAGACAACAUUGAUCCUGAUGAUACUGCUAAGGGUUUAGCUGGUGCCUUCCAGCCUACAUGGUCACCAGACGGCGAAUGGAUUGCUGUCGGUGCAGGAAGUUGGUUUUUCCAGCGUGCUUUCUCUGGUGGAUGGAUCUACAGAGCUGCUGCGAACGGCUCCUAUUCAGAACAACUCACCUUCGGCAUCCCCGGCGAGGUGAAUUCCGGCUUCCCCAGCUUCUCACCCGAUGGAACACAGCUCGUAUACCGUGAUUUCGGGCCAGAGGGAGGUCUGGGACUACGCAUACUGAAUCUCGCUGACAGGAUGACCAGGAAUCUCACAGAAGACUGGGACAACAACCCAGGCUGGUCACCAGACGGAGAGCGCAUCGUCUUUACCCGCCGCAAUCACAUUAACUGGGAGGAUCUUGGAGCGACUGAUAGCUUCGACAUCUAUACCAUCGCCCCUGACGGAACGGGUCUCACGCAGCUCACCACGAGCGGUGCGAAUGAUGCACAUGCCGCUUGGUCUGCGGACGGGCGCAUCAUGUAUACCAGUGGCAUGUACGGAUUCCGUGAAGAGUGCGUCAAUUACGAUAAUACCUUCCAGCCGUAUGGACAGAUCGUGGUGAUGAAUGCGGAUGGGUCGAAUAAGACGUUGGUCACUGACAGCAUGUGGGAGGACUCGAUGCCGGUUUAUGUUUAUAAUAAAGAUCUAUAACUUGGUGGAAUAUGAUAGUUACAACGUAACUUACCAUAUGGGGUAAAACGCAUAUUAUCUGUGUUAAACACAAAUUAACCGCGUAAUAUAAAUAAACCCUCGAGUAUUCCGUCGUCGCUGUAGGCACGGGAGCGCGACGUCAGCGUGUAACCCAGGGUGCUUAGCGGGGUCCUUCGGACGUUGAAAGAGCUCCGACCGAC